GGAGGUGGUGGCCGGCGCGCCAGCAGAGCCAGACGCGGCGGCGAUCGUGGCGUGGGCGGCCGGCUUGGAACCGGGCGGGACCCGGUGCACCGGGCGAGCCAGGAGCGGGAGCGCAGCCAACGCGGUCACGUGCGCGCCCCCCCCAUUCCCGCGACGGCCUCCCCCGCGCGCAGCGCUCCCCAUUCAUAAAUUCUCCGCCGGCCCCGCGGCACCGGAGCCAGCCGGGAGCGCCGCCCGCCUGCCCGCCGCCCGCCCGCCCAUGGGCCGCACGCCCCGGCGCUGAGUCCCAUCCUCCCAGCCUCAAAAUGCAGCCCACAGCCACCAUGGCCACCGCGGCCACCACUGCAGCCACUGUCGCCCUGACGGCCUCCUGGGACAAUGUCACCAGUCGUCCCACGGCCGAGCCCGACCCCAUCCUGGACAAUUACGUGCUGCUGGUUGUGGUGAUGUCGCUGUUCGUCGGUGGUACCCUGGUGGUGCUCUCCGGAGUUCUACUGCUGUGCAAACGCUGCUGGGAGGUGCAUCAGCGCUUCAACAGGGCCAUGGAGGAGGCGGAAAAGACCACCACCACCUACCUUGACAACGGCACCCACCCGGCCCAAGACCCCGAUCGCAGGGGGGAGGACCCCGAGGGCCAGGACGCGGAGACGGAACACUUCUUGUCGGCCAGCUCCACCGGCCGCAGGGUCUCCUUCAACGAGGCCGCCCUGUUCGAGCAAAGCAAGAAAACACAAGACAAGGGCCGCCGGUACACCCUGACCGAGGGGGACUUCCACCACCUGAAGAACGCACGCCUCACACACCUGCACCUGCCACCCCUGAAAAUCGUCACCAUCCACGAGUGUGACUCGGCUGAGGCCAGCUCGGCCGCAGCCCCCCACCCCACCACCUCCCCCAAGGCCAGCCUGGCCAUAUUCGAGCCCCCGGGGAAGGCCCUCACUGGCCGCUCCCUGGGCCCCAGCUCCGCCUUGCCAGGUGACCCCUACAACCCCGCGGUGGGCACGGCCGACUUCACAGAGCGCAGCCCCUCGGCAUCCAGGGACUCUGGAGAAGGCACCUCGCUGGAUGCGGGCACCCGAAGCGUCAAGGCUGGCGGGCCUGGGCCCUCAGCAGGGUCAGGGGAGGCAGGCACUGUCCUACAGUUCUUCAGUCGCCUGCGCCGCCAUGCCAGCCUGGACGGGGCCAGCCCCUACUUCAAGGUCAAGAAAUGGAAGCUGGAAGCGAGCCAGCGGGCGUCCAGCCUGGACACCAGGGGUUCCCCCAAGCGGCACCACUUCCAGCGGCAGCGGGCAGCCAGCGAAAGCGUGGAGCAGGAGGGGGGCGCCCCCGAUGCCGACUUCAUCCACUCCAUCGUGGUGGCCUACCCGCCCCCCCGCCCCUUCCCGGCCAGCCCCACCAGCCCGUCCCCCACUCUCGGCAGGUUAGAGGCUGCUGAGGCGGGAGCAGCGAGCCCUGAGUCUCCCCCAGAGCGCGGCGGCUGCGGGAGCAGCGCGGGGUCUGAAGCGCAGCAGCUGGAAUCAGAUGUGGAGCGGGACGCGGGCCCGGAGCAGGCGCAGAGCAGCUACCGCGACUUGUGGAGCCUGCGCGCCUCGCUUGAGCUGCACGCGGCCGCCUCGGACCACAGUAGCAGCGGGAACGACCGAGACUCAGUGCGCAGCGGGGACAGCUCUGGCUCCGGCUCGGGGGGCACGGCGCCGGCCUUUCCGCCACCCUCACCGCCCCCACCGCCACGGCCCAAAGACGGCGAGGCGCGCCGGCUGCUGCAGAUGGACAGCGGCUACGCCAGCAUCGAGGGCCGUGGCGCGGGCGACGACACGGAGCCGCCCGCUCCCACUGCUCCGCUCAGCCCGCGCGCCUGGCCCCGCCGCCCGCGCCGCGACUACAGCAUCGAUGAGAAAACCGAUGCGCUCUUCCAUGAGUUUCUGCGCCACGACCCGCAUUUUGACGACACACCCGCGGCUGUGCGCCACCGCGCCCGGGUGCACCCGCAUGCACGCAAGCAGUGGCAGCAGCGUGGCCGCCAGCACAGCGAUCCUGGAGCCCGCGCGGUCCAGGCCCCCGGCGCGCCACGGCCUGCACGCGCGCCCCUGCGCCGCGGCGACAGCGUCGACUGCCCGCCAGAUGGCCGUGCGCUGGGCAGCGCGAGCGAGGAGCCCGCCAUCCCCGUCAUCGAGGAGGAGCCAGGUGGCGGCGGUGGAGGUGGCGGCCCCGGCUUGGGCGUGGAGCCCCCAGAGGCGCUGCUGGACAAGCUGGCGGGCGACCUGGGGGACAGACUCUUCCCACCGCUGCUGGCUGCCACCGUCGCUGGGUCCCCCGCCCCGGCCCUGGUUACCGCCGCCCCCACGUCUCCCGACCACAGCCCGGCUUAAGCCGCUGCAUCCCCAGCCCAAGCCACCUCGCCACAGCUUCCCGGGCACCGCGCAGGGCCUCGCCCCCGAGCCCAGCUCCGGCUGUGGAUGCCCACGCACUGGGCUGGCGCACGCACACUAGCUCCCAGCCUCCGCCCGACCGCAGGGACACCGGGAGGUGCCCACCUCUGCCCCCCUGGACUGGCCGCCAGACGGUGGCCCUACUGCUUGGGGCCACCAUGGGCAGGCAGCUCCAGGCGCGCACUUGCAGGUGCCGUGUUGUGGGUCUGGAGCGCGUGUACACAGCCUCCGCUGCGGGCCAACCGUCCCGCACAGGUGCAUGCGUCACCCGCGUGGGUGAGGACCAUGGGCCGCCGAGGGCUGGGGAGGAGCCCGUCACCCCGCUGCAACCAAGCCGUUUACCUCACCACGGUCUGUGCUCGGGCCUUCGCGCCACGCCCAGCUCCUGCCGUCCGUCUGUGUCUGCGUCCCCUGCCGCCUUCUGCAUGCACAGCGGCCACACCCCACCCUGGCCCAUCCCGCACGCAGGAGCCGCCUGGGCGGCCCCUGUGUCAGAGACUUGAAAAAAACCCCACAUGGCCAAGGUUUCCAAGCUUUAUUUAUUGCCAAAAGAUGGACGGCCCCGCCUACCCGCCCCGCGCUUUGCGCCAGACCCCACACCGCCCAGUGGCGGGUUCCUUGUGUCCGUUUUCCCGUUGACCAUAAACAUCUACUGCAUACUCUGGCCUUC